GAAAUAACUCUCCUGUCAGUCAUAAGUCGUAAAAUUAGAACAUAUAAACAACGACGUAGAACAGCUAAUUGAGAAUGGGCUAGCAUGGAUGUACCAGGGUCUGUCUCUCUGCCCUUGUUGGGUAUUGGUGUCUUCACCCUCCUGCUCAGCUGUAUCUUCUGUUGCUACAUGUGGAAGUUAAAAAGAGAUGCAAGGAAGGAAAGAGGGUACAAACGGAUGGAGUUCUCACCCAGUAAAAAGAGUCUUAGAAAUGAUACUUGUCCUGUGUGUUUGGAUGAAUUUUCAACCAAAGAGAAGAUAGCUGUGUGUACAUGUCACCAUGUUUUCCACUCUGUUUGUCUGCUAGAGUGGUUACGUCACAAAAACAGCUGCCCCAUGUGCAAAGCCCCAGUACGACAGGAAGCAUCCCCCGUUUUACCCGGCGUUGUUCCCUCUGAAUCCACCGGCCUCAUUCUGGCUGUGGAAAUAAUGAGACCCCCUUUGAACAAUAACAAUGGAUCUGGUAGCGAGAGUUCAAGAGGGACUGUUGACCGAUUUGUGGUGUAAACUAUAGUGGUGUAUUGGAUAAAGAACAGGAGACGGACAAAAUCCCCCCUGGACAAAAACCUCCCUACCAAAUUUUGCAUAGGCAGACAAAAUAACCUUGACGAAAUCCUCCUCACCAAAACUUACAUAAUGUAGAAGCAUAAAUUUGUGGUAAAAUUGUUUUAAAUCGUAAUUAAAUAAAACAUUAUACAACUUAUGCGAUAUAUAUAUGGUUUAAACCACUUGAAAAUGGUUAAGAAAAGUUGAAUAGCAUACAGGGGGAUUAUACAUUGUAGCUGAUUAUGCAAACAUUAUUGGGGAGGGAGAUUUGUCAGAGGGUGGGAGGAGGGGGGUUGUCCAUCUCUUGCUAAAAGUUUGCUUAAGUUAUUAUACUCUAUAGCCUUGAGACUUAUGCAAAGAUUAAGAAACUUAAGAAAAAGAAUGAUAAACAGAAUUGCAUGUGUAAGCUGUUCACACCACCAAUGAAUGUCUGUGAUAAAAUGAUUUAAAUAAAGUGCUCUUAUUUGUACAGUUUAUAUUUUUGUAAUUAAUCAAAUAGUUAUAAAAAGUUAACUGUUUUUAAUUCAAGAAAAUUUAAGAUAAAUUAACAUGAAGUUUGAUUGUUCGAGUCUGUGUUCAUUGUGUCUAGUAUAUUGAGGAUUUGUUGCGUUGUUGAUUACAUUUUUUUUCUUAAUCUACGCAGCUCCUGUUAUGUUUGUGACUUAUAAACUCAUUGUUAUAAAUUAGAUUUUUUUACCCAAAAUUUUUGAUAUUUUACCAUUAAAUUUUGUUAUGAUGUUGUUUAUUUGUUGGUUUUUAUUAACAUUUUAUCUUCUUUUGCACCAUUUGAAUGUGAUGUUUAUAUACUGUUGCACAUGUGAACAUAACCAUGCUUUGUCACCAGCUUUCUAUUAGUGCUUAAUACUGUUAUUUCAGUCACUUAUAAUCUACUUAUAUUUAGAUAUUAAUCAAUGGGGUACAUGUAUAUGUAUGCAGAAUUAGUAGUAAUUAUACUUAAUGCAUUCACAGUCAGAUGCCUUUGUAGGACACUCUCCCUUAUAUUCAAUUAGUUUUGUCGCAUCACAAGAAGGCCAAAUGUUAUUUUCCAAAAAAAAUCAACAUAUUAUUGCAGAUAAAUUUAUUCUGGGUGCAACAUUGAAUUUGUCUUCCAAAUAUUGAUCAAUAGAGAAUGAGAGAAUAGGUGCAUAUAGGCAUCAGACCAUGAAUGUUACAGUAUGUAUGGUGAAUUUGCAUGUUUAAGUUGACCAUGAUCUAAAUUAAAGUAUGAUAGGACAAAAGACUCAUCUCUUACAUCGUCUACUAGUUUUGCUUUAGAAAUAGAAAAUAAAAAAAAUGAAAUCUUAAACUGUAAAUCAUAUGUCAUGGUCAGCAUUUUAGUUCAGAUUUAAACAAUUUGCUUAUUUAACUCGAUAUGAAAGCUAUGUUUCUAUCAUUGCUGGUCAUCCUAUUAAUUAUGUUUUUAUUGUUAACGCCGGUGCUAUAUAAUAACCGGUAUAUAUUUAUAAAUGUGCAAUUUAAUCAUUAAAAAGGUUGCUGAAGUUUUAUGGAUUUUAAUCCAAAUAAAGUUUGAAGACUUUAGAAGUAUUUUGGACAACUUGGAUUUGUCAUAUUGUGUUCGUUGCUUUUGGGAAGUAUUUUUUAGUGGAAGCGGGUUAACCAAUUUCACAAGGUUUAGCAUUCAAGAACCAAUUAUUUGAUUAGCAGCAAACUUCUCUCGUUUGAUAUUUCACGAGGUUUUAAUUUAUGAUUAUUAAACUGUCAGAAAUGUUAACAAUCUACAGUGCCUUGUAGUGUGAUGUUUUAAAUGGAAGACAGGUUACGAAACACUUCAUGUGCAGGUGCGUCCACCUCAAACAGGUAUGUGUACAGCGUGAAAGUUUAAAUUAGUUCUAUAGGUAGGCUGUUUGGUUUGUUAUAAACGAUGUUAACCAGACAUAUCUCUACAGGUAUUGUUAAUCAAAUAUGAAAUUAUAUUGUUAUAUUUUUUGUCUACUACAUUUUUGGGAAGUAGAUUGGUGUUCAUUCAUAAUAUAGUCAAAAUUGAUGCACUUCAGUAGAAAUUUGAAAGUAAAAAAAGCUUUUGUCUUUGAAUAUUUUGUUUUAUUUUACUUUUCACUACUUAUAAGACUUUUUAAUUGCAAUAUACAAUUGCAUAUAGAAGUUAAUCCUAACAGUACUCAUUUUAGACCAUGAAACAAUUGCCCAGGUGGUACUUAGGAAAAGCUCCAUUUAGAUUCUCUGAUUUUUUAAGUAAAAAUUCUAAAUUAUAUAACAUUUUAUAUAACAUAAAACCUUCUACCUCACUCAUAUUAAUUUUCUGAAAAAGGUAAAACAGCAUUUAUGUCAUCUCUUAGUUGCUGAUUUGAGCAGAAUAUGGUUUUCAAAGAAAAUACUAUUAAGAGAUUUUAUAUUGAUGUUAAUGAACUAUAUUCUAUACACUGUAUCUUAACCAAUAACAGCUCAAUAUUUCCAGCAUUGAUGAAUAUAUGUAUAUAUAUUCCUGUUGUGAAUACCCUACAUGAAAUUAUUAGCAUGUACAUUAUGACUGAAACUAUAAAAAUCAUUCCUACAUUUGAUUAUUAUUGUUUCUAGGAGUGUUAAAAUAUGUGCAUUUUGCUUUGUGGUAUAAAGUUGUGCAGUUUUACUAUACCGUUUUUAUAACAUUAAUGCAUUAAAAUUGCAUACAA